GACGAAUCAGAGCUCACGUGUGCAAAGAAUGUGUAUCCUUGGCAUCCAGGACACCGGGAAUUUUUUUGGCCGAAAGACUGGGAAGUCGGUUAAUGACCAUAGAUCGAGAAAUGACCAGCAGUCGGGAAAUGACAAGAAAUCUGGAAAAGACCAGAGAUCGAGAAAUGACCAGCAGUCGGGAAAUGACAAGAAAUCUGGAACAGACCAGAGAUCGAGAAAUGACCAGAGAUCGAGAAAUGACCAGCAGUCGGGAAAUGACCAGCAGUCGGGAAAUGACAAGAAAUCUGGAAAUGACCAGAAAUCUGGAAAUGACCAGAAAUCUGGAAAUGACCAGAGAUCGAGAAAUGACCAGCAGUCGGGAAAUGACAAGAAAUCUGGAACAGACCAGAGAUCGAGAAAUGACCAGAGAUCGAGAAAUGACCAGCAGUCGGGAAAUGACCAGCAGUCGGGAAAUGAUCAGCAGUCGGGAAAUGACCAGAGAUCGAGAAAUGACAAGAAAUCUGAAAAUGACCAGCAGUCGGGAAAUGACCAGCAGUCGGGAAAUGACCAGAGAUCAAGAAAUGACCAGCAGUCGGGAAAUGACAAGAAAUCUGGAAAAGACCAGAGAUCGAGAAAUGACCAGAGAUCGAGAAAUGACCAGAGAUCGAGAAAUGACCAGAGAUCGAGAAAUGGCCAGCAGUCGAGAAAUGACCAGCAGUCUGGAAAUGAUCAGCAGUCGGGAAAUGACCAGAGAUCGAGAAAUGACCAGAAGUCGGGAAAUGACCAGAGAUCGAAAAAUGACGAGCAGUCGGGAAAUGACAAGAAAUCUGGAAAUGACCAGAGAUCGAGAAAUGACCAGCAGUCGGGAGAUGACAAGAAAUCAGGAAAAGAGCAGGGAUCGAGAAAUGACCAGAGAUCGGGAAAUGACAAGAAAUCUGGAAAUGACAAGAAAUCUGGAAAUGACCAGCAGUAGGGAAAUGACCAUAGAUCGAGAAAUGACCAUAGAUCGAGAAAUGGCCAGCAGUCGGGAAAUGACCAGAGAUCAAGAAAUGACCAGAAAUCAUGGACAAAUGACCGUAAAUCGGGCAAUGGCCAAAAGCCAGUAGGAAGAAAACAUCAUUUGCACACGCUACAGACCCAUUCAAAUCAUCACGUACAUUUACUAGUGUCCGGCACGACAUGAAGCAAAAUGCCACUAUUAUGCGGAGCAUCGUCAUUGUCGCUGUCCAUGCCCAGUUCGUCAUCCUGAAUCGUUGCUUCCGCAUGCUGUCUGGUGAAUGGAUUGCUUUCGUUCGUUACCGAGCUGUAUCUAACAUCGGGAUUUGCCAUAUCGGUGUAUCGAAUGCGGACGAGUACACAAUCGACAUCCAACAAGUCGCGGAACGGAGAAUUGUAUUUCGGUUGUUUACAGUCGCAUACACUGUUGUUGUUUAGCCAAUAAAGAGCACGAACAACAGAAAUGACAUAAAAAGUGACAAAGGAAAUAUUCGGAGCAUUAGAGCUGAGCGAAGCACGCACUUACGAUUUGAAAAACAACAACAACAACAAAAAAGCAAAUUACCUUGAACGACGACUGAUUUGAUUCUAUACACAUUGGUGCGUUUGGCGUAUGGUUGUAAUAGUAGAAAUGAAAUAAAAAAAUCGCCGCAAAAAUUGAUAUAUCAGGAACACCAACACACCAUCGAACAGCUCAACGAAUGUCUCCUCCAAAUCCACUGAUAGCACCACAAAUAAAAAAAAAGUUAAUUUUCGAUCGCACAAAGUUAUUUACUAAAAGUACGAAAAAAGACUUAAAAACAACAAACAACAAUCAGCCACACAGAUGACCUGUGAAAUUCGUACAAAUGAA